GAGCCUAUACCUGACCCCGGCAUGCCGUUUAACGAUACAACUUCCCCCAGACUGGGUGAAACAACAACAUUUACGCUUAAAUGGUUGGCGAACCCGGAUCCAACCAUUUUAUGGACACAUGACAACAAGAAAAUAAAUCAUAAAGAAACGGGGAUGACCACUAGCAUUGAAAUAGAAGACAUUAAUGUUACGAGUUUUGGGGACUAUAUUUUGACGAUGAACAAUUCUUACGGGGUGUAUACACAUAUAUUCCGCAUAAAAGCAGACGGGCCACCGGAUCCAGUUUCUGACAUUGAAGUGCUCAAUAUAAACGAAACUUCAGCUCUUUUCGAAUAUCAGCCUGGAUUUAAUUACAACAAUACACAAUGGUUCAAAAUUCAUAUUGAACCAUCGAACAGAGAAAUGGACAUGAUUGUUGAAGACACCACGGAUGGAAAAGGAGACACUAAACAGAACUAUUCUUUAAUAGGAUUAAAAUCUGGCACGGAUUAUCAACUAAAUAUCCUUGCAAUCAACAUAAACGGAUUUGCAAAUAAUUCACCAACAGUUCAUUUUCGCACAGAAGAAGCAACUAUGACGGACUCCAUUCCUAUCAACAUACGUAUUACGAUCACUGUCUGUGUGUGUACUGGACUGGUCAUCAUAUCGAUGUUUACAGUACUGAUAUACAGGAAGAGGAAACGAUCAAAUGCACAAGUCGCAUAUCUGAGUUCUGGUGAAGUAGGUGGUCGUACAAACAGUAAAGAUCCAAAUACUGAGUUCAUGCACGAAAGCACGAGCCUGAAAAGUGUUCACAACGACUAUGCGUCACUUUCAAACGGGAGUGAUUCGACUUCAUCGAUUACUCUAGACAAAGACAGUAUCGGUAAUAUUGUUUUUAACUGUUAGCCUAGAUGAAGAUAUGUCAUGGACAUUUUUAAUGUACACUUGUUUAGUUAUUCAAUAUUAUUUAAUAUACCUUUAUUGUGUAUUCUUUGGCCUUGUAUUGGUUGUAUUGGCUGUAGCGAGUCGCUUUACACUAAUAUUGUUGUAUUUGUUAAUAUGUGAAUGUUCUAAACGCCGUGAUGUUGUUUUCUUUUUUAAAUAAAAUAUGUAUUCACUAAUGCCAUCAAUACUGUAUUGAUAUGUUUAAGCACUGUAAGUUUUAUCAAGUGUAUUUUAAUGUUUGUAUCUUCUGCAGCAGUGGAAAUAAUCCUGAAAGG